ACCCGCCCGAUAUAAAACCGACUAUCCUUUGCGGAUUAAAUGUAAUCCUGUGCAGUGCGUCCCGAGACAUGGACUUCGACGUUCGAGAAACACGCAUAUAAAACUAAACACGAGUGCGGUAAAGAAAUACUAGAAUCGAUUAACGGAUAUGAAAAUACGGUGAAUCGAGUCUACGAUUCGGAACGAUUCGCGACCGACUUCGAAGCGAAUCGCGGUCGCGAGUUUCCCGGCGCGGCCGCUCGCGCGAUUGAGGGCGGCAGUAUCGUUUCAAUCGUCGGUCCGUGCGGUCGCGUUUGCGGCGUAGUCUGUGAUUUUUAGUGUAGCUCCAGAUAAUCCAAGUUAAUCUACAAUGGCGGAUCAAUUGACAGAAGAACAGAUCGCCGAAUUCAAGGAGGCGUUCUCACUGUUCGACAAAGACGGCGAUGGCACGAUCACGACCAAAGAGCUGGGCACGGUCAUGAGGUCGCUAGGACAGAACCCCACAGAAGCUGAGCUUCAGGAUAUGAUCAACGAAGUUGACGCAGACGGCAACGGCACGAUAGACUUCCCCGAGUUCCUCACGAUGAUGGCGCGUAAGAUGAAAGACACGGACAGCGAGGAGGAGAUCCGCGAAGCGUUCCGCGUGUUCGACAAGGACGGCAACGGGUUCAUAUCCGCCGCGGAGCUGCGCCACGUCAUGACCAACCUGGGGGAGAAGCUCACCGACGAGGAGGUCGACGAGAUGAUCCGCGAGGCCGACAUCGACGGCGACGGUCAGGUCAAUUACGAAGAAUUCGUCACCAUGAUGACGUCGAAGUGAGCCGCCGGCUAGUGUGUGUGUGUAAAAAGCAGAGAAUUUAACUAUACAUUUUGUUUCAUGACACACAAUAUUACCAUCGUAUUGGACCUGCAUUUCUCUAGUGUUUGCGAUAAAUUAAAUAUUGUCAUCGUUUGAGUUGGCGCUGCCCGGCGCGGCCGCCGUUUAAUUUAGAUUUUAAAGUAUUCCGUUAAUUUUACUAUGUAAGAAAAAUUUUAACUGUAGCGGUACAAAGGGAAACGAAUAGGUGUGCGUCGCAAAGUGAUGGUUCCAGUCUGGGUUCGUGUCGGCUCAUUAUUUAUAUUUGUGUAUAUUUGUGUCGGUCGCUCCGAUCUGUAAUAUUAUGUAUGUGUGCGUGCGUGUGUUUGCGUCGCGCCUAGGUUAUGCGGUGCUAGCGGCCGCACCUUUCCGAUACAUUUUAAUGUAAAUUUUUUUCAAGUAUGAGAUAUUUAUAAAGUACGUGAAGAUAAAAUUGAAAAAAAUCCCAAAAAAAAUAUACUGUGCCCGUUUCCGCGGCUCGGCCGCCCUCAUCCGUGUACAUUGCAUCGUAAUAAAUGUUUACAUUUAACUAACUCAAUAAACGAAUAAAUUAGAUUUAUUGGUACUGCAUUAAUUGUAUCGUAUCUGUAAAUGACUUGAUAAAUAUUAUAUUUCUAUUGUUGGUGAAACUAAUUCUAUCGAAAUGGAAAGUACUCCGCUCUGUUAUCUCACAUUUGAUUCAUUCUGUUAUUAAAUUUUACAAAAGACAUACUGAAAAUAAAUGUUUCUUCAUUUUUAGGUCAAUAAG